AUGGAAGAUCACAAGCAGAUGAAUGGACAUGUGAAUGAGACGCCAAAUGAGCGCCUGGAGCCUAUUCCCUGUCCGAGAGACCUGUCCAAUGGUAUUCAGGCAGUCUUGGAAAUGGCGAAGAGAUAUGGCCCCAUCUUUAGGAUAACCGUUGCCGGCCAAACGGAGAUUUUCGCUGCUAGUCGAGAAAUGGUGGACGAGUUCUGCGAUGAAUCCCGAUUCCAGAAAAUGGUCAUGGGUGGAGUGGAACGACUGCGCGUCGUUGUAAAGGAUGGGUUGUUCACAGCUCACAAUCACAAAGAAGGUUGGGCCAUUGCACACCAUAUCAUCCGGCCCGCUUUAGGCACAAUGAAAAUACGGGAGAUGUUUGGCAAUAUGCAAGAUAUUACGACGCAAUUCUGCUUGAAACUUGCUCGCAUGGGGCCUACAAGCCCGAUUGACAUAACGGAAGAAUUUACAAAAUUGACCAUGGACACCCUUGCACUGUGUACAGCGAGCUUUCGGUUCAACAGCUUUUACCGCGGCAGCGAAGAGCAUCCCUUCGUACAGGCGAUCAAUGAGGUUCUUCACGAGGCUGACCUUCAAUCGUGCUUUCCUGAAUUCAUUAAUGCUCUCCGCAUCUUCGCGGCCAGACAAUUGGAACGAAACAUGGAUUUCAUGAGACAAGUGAGUCAGGAUAUCAUACAAGACCGAAGGAACUCAUCUGCGGACGCGGACGACCUGCUUCAUGCAUUAUUGAGUGGACGUGAUUCAGUGACGGGAAAGGGGUUGACCGAAGAUCAGAUAAUCAACAACCUGAUCACUUUUCUAGUGGCAGGCCAUGAAACUACGGCCGGCUUGAUAUCAUUCGCUGUUUACUUCUUGCUCGCCAAUCCGGAGUGCCUCAAAAAGGCGCGACAGGAGGUCGACGACGUCAUUGGAACUGACGAAGUCAAGAUCGUUGGGGGAAAGUAUUUGAUUGAACCUGGGGAGUCGGUAAUCAUUCUUUCGGUAGCAUCUCAUCGUGAUACGUCUGUGUUCGGUGAUGAUGUUGAUGAGUUCAAACCCGAGAGGAUGCUUGAAGAGAAUUUCAAUAAGCUCCCACCCAAUUCGUGGAAGGCAUUUGGCAAUAGUAAACGAGGAUGCAUUGGUAGAGCAUUCGCUUGGCAAGAAGCGCAUCUCAUAUCCAUGCUGCUCCACCAUUUCGACAUAGAAUUCGACGAUCCUUGUUAUAAGCUUAAGACAUUGACUAUAAAACCAGAAGGACUUUUAAUUCGUGCCAAACUUCGGGAAGAUAGAGAAUACACGGGAUUGGCUAUACAAGCUGCGUCGAAAAAGAGCGGUUUGAUGGCAAAUCCAGGCCCUGCUGAUGAAUCUAUCGGCGAGCCGCUUACGAUACUAUACGGUUCCAACAGUGGGUCGUGCAAAUCGCUGGCCUACCGAUUGGCUUCCAAUGCUAUCUCCUAUGGAUAUAACCGACAACGGAUCCUUACCCUCGAUGAGGCAGUUGGCCAGCUGCCGACAGAUCAGCCUGUCAUCAUCAUAACCACGAGCUAUAAUGGCGAACCGACUGAUGACGGAAAAAAAUUUGUUUCGUGGUUAAGAACAACCCGACACUAUUCCGCAGAGAAGGUAGAACAGAAGCGCCAAGAGCUAAAAGAGAAGACGUGA